AGAGAGACACGCGAGGUACGUGUAGCGUAUGUUCAAAUUAUAGGAUUAUAGUUAUUUAUUAUCGUUUUGGGACGAGAACCAAUGCAUUUUGAUAGUAUUUUCGUGCUUGUCACCCUGGCCCGUUUGUCACUGACUCUACCAGUUCCAGUGGACACAAUGGUCGUUCAGCUGCAGCAGUGGGUGGUGUUGGGCACUCAACCAGUCCUAGGACGGGUCCUCCUCAACGGGGUCCCAUAUCCUGGCGCCACUCAGGAAGUCAAUGGAAUUAUUCAGAUGAUGUCGGCUGAUUUGAUCCCCUUGAAGCUCCUCGCAAACCAGACUGGAGUAUUAAGGAAGGGCUACACGGUCCUUCGCUCCCGUGACUGCGUACUGGAGGGCUCGGAGCUGCACUGGGCUGACCGGGUUUUCUCAGACGGGUCACUCUAUCUGUCCCUGGACCACAGUGGCGUCUGGGUAGCCCACACGCAGCAAGCAAUGGCCCUCAAAGCAUCGUGGGAGCAGGCGGUGGGGAGCUUGGAGUCCCUUCAAGAUGGAUGCGUCAACCUGAUGGGAAAACUGAGGUUUUCUAAAGACCAAUCAGGAAUUCCAAUGUCCCAAUUUUUUAUUCCAAUCUUGGGACUUUUGGCCUUCAUUGGAGUGACCGCUCUGAGCCUCCUUCUCUACACUAAACUGCGUCUGAGACACCCCGGUGGUGUUAUUGGGUCGAUCAUACACUACAGCAAGGACGAGGAAGAAGUCCAUACAGAGAAAAAGGGCAACGGUUAUCGUUCUUUAUGAUCUAAAUUUAAACCGCAGAAUACCAGCUCGGGACUUUGUGAGAUAUUUGAAUAAAUCAAUAUUGGUUGAAUAGCUAAGACAAACCAAUGAUUAAAUGGAUUUCAGAACAUUGUUUAAUCAGCAUUCAGCACUUUAUCAAUUGUCAGUCUAACUUAACACAAACUAACAAAUGAGCACAAUAAACACUUUUAAAAUGUUUUGUACAAAUAAGUGAAGUGUGUUUGUUUAAUGGAUUUGUUAAGUACUAAUUGUCUUAAUGUCAUUUUACCUUACCAAUGACAGCUGUUCUACCAAAUAUUGAAGUGCACUGUAUAGAGAAGAAUAUGAAUUAUAGAACUGUGACUUCCUAUUCCAUCAAAGAUGCACCCCUCUAACUGUGUUCCGUAAACGUUGCUAAUUUUGUGUUUCACGUUCUUGCUAUUUGUAACUGACA